AUGUGUGGUAUCUUUGCCUGCCACAGCCAUCCCGAUGUGCAAAAGUUCAAGCCCACUGCCCUGCGCAUGGGCAAGCAGAUCCGCCACCGUGGCCCCGACUGGAGUGGAAACCAUAUCUCCAACAACACCAUCCUGGUCCACGAGCGUCUGAGUAUCGUUGGUGUUGACUCGGGUGCCCAGCCUCUGCUCAACGAGGAUGGCAGCAUUGCCCUCGCCGUCAACGGUGAAAUCUACAACCACAAGGUCCUGCGCAAGCACCUCAGCAAGCCCUACGACUUCAAGACUCACUCUGACUGUGAAGUCAUCAUUCCUCUGUACAUGGAACACGGCAUCGACACUCCCAAGUUCCUCGAUGGCAUGUUCUCCUGGGUCCUACACGACAAGAAGCAGGACAGAGUCAUUGCUGCCAGAGACCCCAUUGGUGUCACCACCUUCUACAUGGGCCGAUCCAGCGAAACCCCUGGCGCCGUCUACUUCGCUUCCGAGUUGAAGUGUCUCCACCCAGUUUGCGACAACAUCAUUGCCUUCCCUCCCGGCCACGUCUACGAUUCCAAGACGGACCAAAUCACCAGAUACUUCACCCCCAAGUGGCUGGUCGAGCCUACCAACAUCCCCACCACCCCUGUCGAUCUCAAGACCCUCAGGACAAAAUUCGAGAGAGCUGUCAGAAAGCGCCUGAUGGCCGAAGUUCCUUACGGUGUCCUUCUCUCCGGUGGUCUGGACUCCAGUUUGGUGGCUUCCAUCGCGCAGAGAGAGACCCUCAGGCUGCAGGCUGCACACAACGCACAGCAAGAGCAGAACGGUUUCACCGACGGUGAGGAGGAGCUGGCUGGUAUUGACGAGGACUACAAGCUCAACACCAUCCCCGUUCUUUCUCAACUCAACUCCUUCUCCAUCGGUCUGCCCGGCGCACCCGACAGCAAGGCCGCCCUUGAAGUCGCAAAGUUCUUGGGAACCAAGCACCACAACCUCACCUUCACCAUCCAAGAGGGUCUUGAUGCUCUUUCCGAUGUCAUCUUCCACCUCGAGACUUAUGACGUUACCACCAUUCGCGCUUCGACUCCCAUGUUCCUUCUCAGCAGAAAGAUCAAGGCUAUGGGUAUCAAGAUGGUUCUCAGUGGUGAGGGCAGUGACGAGAUCUUCGGUGGUUACCUCUACUUCCACAACGCACCCGACAAGAAGGCCUUCCACGAGGAGACUGUCCGCAGAGUGAGCAACUUGCACUUGGCCGACUGCUUGAGAGCCAACAAGUCGACAUCGGCUUGGGGUCUCGAGGCUAGAGUGCCCUUCUUGGACAAGGAGUUCCUUGAGUACUCGAUGAACAUCGACCCCGAAUGCAAGUUGAUCGACAAGGACCACAUUGAGAAAUACAUCAUCCGCAAGGCAUUCGACACCAGCGACGAGCCUGGCGAGAAGCCUUACCUUCCCGACAACAUUUUGUGGAGACAGAAGGAGCAGUUCAGUGACGGUGUCGGUUACGGCUGGAUCGACGGCCUCAAGGACACGGCAGAAUUGCACGUGAGCGACGAGGACAUGAAGAACCCCAAGGCCAUUUGGGGAGACGACAUUCCCGACACCAAGGAGGCAUACUGGUACAGAUGCAUGUUCGACGAGCACUUCCCCCCUCACUGCGCCUCGACCGUCAUGAGAUGGACACCUACAUGGUCCAACCAGACUGACCCCAGUGGUCGUGCCAUUGCCGCUCACGCCCAAAAGUACGAGCACGCUGCUUAA